CAUUGGGCAGCAAGGAACUGAAUGAGGAAUGGCCCCGGUGAAUUGGCCAAAUUGCACCACACCAUAACUAGUCAUUGAGAUUCCCACUCCAUCGUCAUCGCCCUUCUGAAACGCGGAAAAGCGGUUCAGGUUACGUCACUACUAUUGGUGCCCCGCAGAAUCACAAACAACAUUGCUGAACACCUGAAGUUCCCGAAACUUCCCUUCAUCAUGUCCACUACAGAGUCGCCUUCUGAGAAUAUGUCGAGCGUGGUCCUUGUUACUGGAGCUACCGGCCUGCUUGGCCGCCAAGUAUUCCACACCUUUAAGCACUCCGGGUGCUUUGUUGUCGGUCAAGGUUUUUCAAGAGCUGCCCCUCCUACCAUCCUGAAAGCCGAUUUGGAAGACCCGGAGGACAUCAAGCGCAUCUUGGACGAAGCCAAACCUCAAAUUAUCGUCCAUUGCGCCGCCAAUCGAUCUCCCGAUCUCUGCGAACAAAACCCCGAGCAAGCACGUCGGGUCAACGUCGAUGCCACCCGAACCCUUGCAGAGGAGGCCUCGACCCGGGGCGCAUUCCUGAUCUACAUCUCUACGGACUACGUCUUUCCCGGCAAGGAAGGCGAUGCUCCUUAUGAGGCCGAUGCGACACCAAACCCUCCCAACUUGUAUGGCCAGCUGAAGCUGGAUGGCGAGCGGGUUGUUCUGGAGGCGACCAAGGAGACCGGGCUUGGUCUGGUCCUUCGUGUGCCCGUGUUAUACGGUCCCUCUGAGAAGAACUCGGAGAGUGCGGUCAACACCCUGAUCGAUGCGGUGUGGAAGUCUCAAGCCCCCGAGUCCAGUGUGAAGAUGGAUGACUGGGCUCUGCGGUAUCCCACCAACACUGAAGACGUGGCGCGCGUGUGUCGUGACAUUGUCAUCAAGUAUAUCAAGGAGCGGACGCGGUUGCCGGAACAGCCCCAUAUCCUCCAAUUCAGCUCGGAAGACCGCAUGACCAAGUAUGAGAUUUGCGAGAAAUUCGCGGAGGUGCUCGGGUUACCCCUGAAUCGGAUGAUCAGAGACACGCAAGGGAAUGACCCGAAUUCAUCGGUGCAGAGACCCUACGAUUGUCAUCUGUCCACCAAAGGACUCCAGGAACUCGGAAUUGAUGUCCGCACUACUGACUUUGUUGCAUGGUGGCGGAAACAUCUGGGCGCAUACAAGAAAUAAGCCACUGUGCGCCAGGCGUCAUUUGAUGACACUGCCUACUUGUUUGGGGGAGGGAGAAAAAAAAAAUACGUGGUUGAAUGGGGCGUGGAACAACUCCAACGGGGAGCGGAUGAUGCUAUGAGUAAUAGUAGCAGAAAGAAGGAAGAAAAGAAAUGAAUAAAUACGACCAAUAAAAUCAACAAUAAAAGUUCAAGGUGAUUCCUUUCUGCGUGUUGGGUGCUGGAGCGUCUGUCUGUAUGGAUAGUGCGUGUUAGUGGAUGUGAUGUGAUGCCUUAAGGGAGUUCAUAAUGUCUCGAUUGCAUAAUAGGAAGGGGACAAAUAUGACAUCAGUCAAGAUUUGAAUUUUUCAUUUU